UCCCGGGCGCCGACGCCAGGCGCUGGCCGUGGUGCUGAUUCUGUCAGGCUCUGGCGGCGGCGGUGGCCCCGCUGCCUCUCCCCGGCCGGACCCGGCUCUGCCCCCGCGCCCACGCCCCGCCGAGUCCCCAGCCCUCCCGCCGCGGCCCCGGCUCGGGCGCGUCCGCAGCCGGUACCAUGCGCCCGGCAGCCCUGCUGCUCCUGCCCUCGCUACUGGCACUCCUGGCUCAAGGACUCUCCUCAAAGGCCCCAACCAUGGGCGAAGGGCAGGCCCCAGGCAUCGAGGAGACAGAUGGGGAGCUGACAGCAGUCCCCACACCUGAGCAGCCAGACGGAGGCAUCCACUUCGUCACAACAGCCCCUACCCUGAAGCUGCUCAACCACCACCCGCUGCUAGAGGAAUUCCUCCAAGAGGGGCUGGAGAGGGAAGAAGAGGCGCUGAAGCCAGCACUGCCCUUCCAACCUGACCCACCUACACCCAUCACCCCGAGUCCCCUCCCUCGCCUGGUCAACCAGGACAGCCGCCCCAUUUUCACCAGCCCUACUCCGGCCACAGCCGCAGCACCCACUCAGCCCCAGUCCAGGGAGGGCCCCUGGAGCCUGGAGUCAGGGUCCCCUGCACUUCUCAUCACAGCUCCUCUACCUCCAGGGCCCAGCAUGGCAGUGCCCACCCCAGGCCCAGGGGAGAGGCCCGGUAGUAUGCCCCCUGGCAAGGCAUGGACUCCAACCCAAGAAGGUCCAGGUGACAUGGGCAGGCCAUGGGCUCCAGAGGUCAUGUCCCAGACCACAGGGCUCAGGCUCGAGGGGACCACUGUGACCUCUACAGCUUCAGGGGACGAUGAGGAGACCACCACCACUACCACCAUCAUCACCACCACUAUCACCACAGUCCAGCCACCAGGCCAUUGUAGCCAGAAUUUCUCAGGCCCAGAGGGCUCCCUGGACUCCCCCACAGCUUCCAAUUCAUCCGCUGAUGUCAGCCUGGACUGUUUCUACUACAUCUCAGUCUAUCCUGGCUAUGGCGUAGAAAUCAAGGUCCAGAACAUCAGCCUCCUAGAGGGGGAGACCGUGACUGUGGAGGGCCUAGGGGGGCCAGACCCGCUGCCCCUGGCCAACGAGUCUUUCCUGCUGCGGGGCCAAGUCAUCCGCAGCCCCACACAUCAAGUGGCCCUGAGGUUCCAGAGCCUCCCACCACCUGCCGGGCCUGGCACCUUUCAUUUCCACUACCAAGCCUAUCUUCUCACCUGCCACUUUCCCCGACGUCCAGCUUAUGGAGACGUAACUGUCAACAGCCUCCACCCAGGAGGCAGCGCCCGCUUCCACUGUGCCAGUGGCUAUCAGCUGAAGGGCGCCAGGCUCCUUACCUGUCUGAAUGCCACCCAGCCCUUGUGGGAUUCCCAGGAGCCUGUCUGCAUUGCUGCCUGCGGUGGGGUGAUUCGCAAUGCCACCACUGGCCGCAUUGUCUCUCCGGGCUUCCCGGGCAACUACAGCAACAACCUCACCUGCCACUGGCUGCUUGAGGCUCCUGAGGGCCAGCGGCUGCACCUGCACUUUGAGAAGGUUUCCCUGGCAGAGGAUGACGACAGGCUCAUCAUCCACAAUGGAGACAACGUGGAGGCCCCGCCUGUGUACGAUUCCUACGAGGUGGAAUACCUGCCCAUUGAGGGCCUGCUCAGCUCUGGCAGACAUUUCUUUGUGGAGCUCAGUACUGACAGCAGUGGGGCAGCUGCAGGCAUGGCCCUGCGCUAUGAGGCUUUCCAGCAGGGCCACUGCUAUGAGCCUUUCGUCAAAUAUGGAAACUUCAGCAGCAGUGCACCCUCCUACCCUGUGGGUACCACUGUGGAGUUCAGCUGUGACCCUGGCUACACCCUGGAGCAGGGGUCCAUCAUCAUUGAAUGUGUUGACCCCCAUGACCCCCAGUGGAAUGAGACAGAACCAGCCUGCCGAGCCGUGUGCAGCGGAGAGAUCACAGACUCAGCUGGCGUGGUGCUCUCCCCCAACUGGCCAGAGCCCUACGGCCGUGGGCAGGACUGCAUCUGGGGUGUGCAUGUGGAGGAGGACAAGCGCAUCAUGCUGGACGUCCGAGUGCUGCGUGUCGGCCCUGGUGAUGUGCUUACCUUCUAUGACGGCGAUGACCUGACAGCCCGGGUCCUGGGCCAGUACUCAGGGCCCCGUGGCCACUUCAAGCUCUUUACUUCCAUGGCUGACGUCACUAUCCAAUUUCAGUCGGACCCUGGGGCCUCAGUGCUGAGCUACCAGCAGGGCUUUGUCAUCCACUUCUUUGAGGUACCCCGCAACGACACCUGUCCGGAGCUGCCUGAGAUCCCCAAUGGCUGGAAGAGCCCAUCACAGCCUGAGCUGGUGCACGGCACCGUGGUCACUUACCAGUGCUACCCCGGCUACCAAGUGGUGGGAUCCAGUGUCCUCAUGUGUCAGUGGGACCUAACCUGGAGUGAGGACCUGCCCUCCUGCCAGCGGGUGACUUCCUGCCAUGACCCAGGGGACGUGGAGCACAGCCGACGCCUCAUAUCCAGCCCCAAGUUUCCUGUCGGGGCCACUGUGCAGUAUAUCUGUGACCAGGGUUUUGUGUUGACGGGUAGUGCCAUCCUCACCUGCCAUGACCGCCAGGCCGGCAGCCCCAAGUGGAGUGACCGGGCCCCCAAAUGUCUCUUGGAACAGUUCAAGCCAUGCCACGGCCUCAGUGCCCCCGAGAAUGGUGCCCGCAGUCCUGAAAAGCAACUACACCCAGCAGGGGCCACCAUCCACUUCUCAUGUGCCCCUGGCUAUGUGCUGAAGGGCCAGGCCAGCAUCAAGUGUGUGCCCGGGCACCCCUCGCACUGGAGUGACCUUCCACCCACCUGUAGGGCUGCCUCUCUGGAUGGGUUCUACAGCGGCCGCAGCCUGGAUGUUGCCAAGGCACCUGCUGCCUCCAGCACCCUGGAUGCUGCCCACAUUGCAGCUGCCAUCUUCUUGCCGCUAGUGGCGAUGGUGCUGUUGGUGGGAGGUGUGUACUUCUAUUUCUUCAGGCUCCAAGGGAAAAGCCCCCUGCAGCUGCCCCAGACCCGCCCCCGCCCCUAUGACCGCAUCACCGUGGAGUCAGCAUUUGACAAUCCAACUUAUGAGACUGGAGAGACUAGAGAAUAUGAAGUCUCCAUCUAGGUGAAGGCAGCCUGAGGAAGCCGGCUCAGCCCUCCAUCACGGCCCAUCAACAUGGCUCUUGGCUUUCUGCUGUCCCUCCACUUCGUGUAUAUACCACCUGGGGAGAGAUGCCACCAAUCCCUCCAGAAGCUCUGCCCUUCCCCACCUGCAAUGCCCACCAGGGCCUAUUUCCUUGGCACCACUGCCCACGUAGGGCCCUUCCUUGGGUCCAAGCCAGGGGGCAUCUGCUGAUGGGCAGAACACAGCUGGAGCACAUGAAUCAAGGACCAGCAUUCUCCUGACCCUCCCAGCCUUGGCCCUCCAGCCUAGAAUUCCCAGGCAGAGCUUGAACACCUCUCUGCACAUGACCACCACCCAGCCCUGGCAUGCAGGGCCCUGUGGCAGGUUAACAGGAUGGUGGUGGAAACUGAGCUCAGGCACUCCUCACAGGGCCAGCACCAGUGGCCAAAACUGUUGUCUCCAGGGUGGCCUCAGGGUAGUCCUGGCAUGCCCAUACCAACCCCUCGGGGAGGUCUCUAUUCUUCUCUAGGCCCCAGGAAUGGACACAACUGCCUCCUGUGCCUUCCCAGUAAAGGCGAUAAUUCUAAGGGGUUUAAGGGGUUCAGGGACCCUACUCCAAGCUCAGGCUGGGCUUCCCUGGGCACUCAUGCUCCACACCAAAGCAGGACACCACACUGCUCCCCUGGCAGCCCUACACCCCAAGGAGAGUGAGGUCUUCCCCUGAUGUCAAAUUUGGCUGUUUCAAACAUUCUCUUUCCCAUUUGUCCCUCCUGCAACCCCAGCCACUUGCAGGCUGCCCUCUUGGCCGCUGUGUUUUGGGAAAGGGGGACUGGGCGGGCAUAUUCUGGAGAGGAGCAGAGGACCCAGGAAUUUGGCGUGGAACAGAGGGUCAGAGAAGCCCAGAUAGAGGCCCAGGAGCUGGCUGCAGGCCACUUUGUACAUGUAAUGUAUUAUAGGGGUCUGGGAUCCAGUCAGAGAAUGAUCUUUUAUUUCUGUUGUUUCCUUAUUAAAAUGGUGUUUUUG